AUGCUUAAAUGUCAAAGACAAUUAGUUCUAUUUCACUUACAGGAUUCCCUCAUUGCCGGUGGUGAAAAGUUAACAUUUACCAGAGUUGACCACUUCUCUGGUGAUUACGAUGGGGAUGAUAAUGAGACCUACAGUGACACGUGCUGUUCUACUGGGGGUGUGUGCAGCAUGGAGGAGGGCAUGCGUUUUGACGCUGUGUUCCUCCCCAUAUUCUACUCCCUGACACUGGUUCUUGGGCUGCUGGGCAACGGGCUGGUACUUUUGGUUCUGGUACAGAGGAGGCGGAGCUGGAGCGUGACAGACACCUUCAUUCUGCACCUGGGCAUGGCCGACACUCUGCUGCUGCUUACGUUGCCACUCUGGGCUGUUCAGGCCGCUGGGGAAUGGAGCUUCGGGACCCCCCUCUGCAAGAUCACUGGAGCCAUGUUCACAAUCAACUUUUACUGUGGCAUCUUCCUGCUGGCCUGCAUCAGUCUGGACCGCUACCUGUCCGUGGUCCACGCGGUCCAGAUGUACUCUCGCAGGAAGCCCUGGAUGGUGCAUGCCAGCUGCCUGUCCGUGUGGCUCCUCUCCCUCUUCCUCUCCAUCCCCGACUGGCACUUCCUGGAGUCUGUGAGGGACACCAGACGAGACAAAGUGGAGUGUGUUCACAACUACCCGUCCCUCUCCCAGUCUUGGUUUGACUGGCGCCUGGCCUCCCGCCUGCUCUACCACAUGGUGGGCUUCCUCCUCCCCUCUGCCGUGCUACUCUUCUGCUACUCCUGCAUCCUGCUGCGGCUGCAGCGCGGCUCCCAAGGCCUCCAGAAGCAGAGGGCUGUCCGGGUCAUCCUGGCCCUGGUGCUGGUCUUCUUCCUCUGCUGGACGCCCUACAACAUCACCCUCAUGGUGGACACCCUCUACUUCAGCAACACCCUGGUGGACACCUGCGAGAGCCAUAAAGCCCUGGACAUCUCCCUGACGACCACCUCCUCUCUGGGCUACCUGCACUGCAGCCUCAACCCCGUGCUCUACGCCUUCGUGGGGGUGAAGUUCCGGCGCCACCUGCUGGACAUGCUGAGGUCCCUGGGCUGCAAGCUGAAGAGUGGAGUCAGGCUGCAGACUGCCAGCCGGAGGAGCUCCAUGUGGUCUGAGUCUGGAGACACCUCCCACACCUCUGCCAUCUAUUAAGGACUUAUCUCUCUAUCC